AUGGUGGAGGAGGUGGCCUGGAGGAAUGGGAGGAGCUGGUUUGACAUCUACAGGAAAGUGCCCAAGGACCUUACCCAGCCAACGUACACGGGUGCCAUUAUCUCCAUCUGCUGCUGCCUCUUCAUCCUAUUCCUGUUCCUCUCGGAGCUCACCGGAUUCAUAACAACAGAAGUUGUGAACGAGCUCUAUGUCGAUGACCCGGACAAGGACAGCGGGGGCAAAAUUGACGUCAGUCUGAACAUCAGUUUACCUAAUUUGCACUGUGAAUUGGUUGGGCUCGAUAUUCAGGAUGAGAUGGGCAGGCAUGAAGUGGGGCACAUCGACAACUCGAUGAAGAUCCCACUGAACAAUGGUGUGGGCUGCCGCUUCGAAGGGCAGUUCAGCAUCAACAAGGUCCCGGGCAACUUCCAUGUGUCCACACACAGUGCUACAGCCCAGCCACAGAACCCGGACAUGACACAUGUCAUCCACAAGCUCUCCUUUGGGGACACAUUACAGGUCCAGAAUGUCCAGGGGGCUUUCAACGCUCUCGGGGGAGCAGACAGACUUAACUCAAACCCCCUUGCCUCGCAUGACUACAUCCUGAAGAUCGUGCCCACGGUUUAUGAGGACAAGAAUGGCAAGCAGUGGUACUCUUACCAAUACACGGUGGCCAACAAGGAGUACGUGGCCUACAGCCACACGGGUCGCAUCAUCCCCGCCAUCUGGUUCCGCUAUGACCUCAGCCCUAUCACAGUCAAGUACACGGAGAGACGGCAGCCUCUGUACAGGUUCAUCACCACGAUCUGUGCCAUCAUCGGUGGGACCUUCACUGUCGCCGGCAUCCUGGACUCGUGCAUCUUCACAGCCUCCGAGGCCUGGAAGAAGAUCCAGCUGGGCAAGAUGCACUGA